AUGUCGCUCCGACGCUGGGAUGAUGAUGAUGCAGACUCUUGUUCAGAGGGUGGUGGGGUGAAGAGAUACGAUUCCACUUCAGACUCUGACUAUGGGUCAAAUGAGUCUUCGGAGUCAAGUGCCGAGACCUCUGAUACCUACACGAGCAUGUCGGAUUCUGGUUCUGAAUCUGGGAGCGAUGGUCAGGGAGGGACUGGCUACGUGGACUUGGUAUAUGAAAGGCUCCAAUCUUUGCAUGCUCAUGGCACAGUACCCAGAAAGGACUUCACAAAAUAUGCAAAGAAAGGCAUGUCAGCGAAACGCGUCAAAGCUGCAGUGACUAAGCCAUGCUGCACUUGCAUGUGCAAGCUUCCUGUAAAGAUCUUGUACCAGCUAUGUGUGGCAUUCUGGAGUUUGACAAAGCAGUCACAAGACUCAUGCCUGUGGAGUAUUCAGAAUGAAUCUGGUGGCAACAUCAAAAAAAAACAGUGGUACAUGGCAGGAUAUCCCGUCUGUCGUGAUUCCUGGGCGUUCAUGCUUGGAGUGGGAAAGCAUCGCUUGAGCCGUUGUCGCCACACGUUUCAAGGGAGAGAUGGUAGAUCCCUGACAUGCCGUGGUGGACCAGCUGCGCCGCCUAGCGUGAAAUCAGCCAGUGUGACCAACUUUUUGAUCCACCUUUACUGGACGGCAGCAGAGUCCAUGCCAACAGCGAUCCUGUCAAAGACCACUGACAAGACAAGCGAUGAUGCCCUGCGAGAAGAGUUGCUCCAGAGGUUGAUUGAUUGUAAGCUCAUGGUGGCUACCACCCAAAUAGCCUUCAAUCAAUCUCCAAGUCGUCUAGCGCUUCGUGAGUUACCCCAUGGGUGCUGGUCCAAUGUUUACUUGUUGUACGCAGCCCAUUGCCGGGCAAAACAGGAAUGUCCAGCCUCCAAGUCGACCUUUUUCUCUGUGUCUUUGGCCUGGCGGUGCUGCUUAAGAUUCCACAAGAAGACCCAACAUUCCCUUUGUGCUGUGUGCAGUCGGUUGAAAAUGCUGAUCAGAAAUUCGAAGGAUCUGAAGUCCCAUGCCGAGUACAGUGACAGACUCUUGACGCAUUACUCCCAGACUCUCCAAGAUCGGCAAAUUUACUGGUGUGCACGUGACCGUGCGCGGCUUCAUGGGGACAUUUUGGUCUUGAUCAUCGACUCUUAUGACAAGGCGAAGGUAUGCCUGCCCAGGUUUCCAUUCCAGCGCACUCCAAAGAAACCCAUUUACGAUCGCAUUCGCCGCACCACGAUGACCUUGACUGGAUGCAUCGUUCAUGGAGUUGGUGUGUUCUUAUACUUGGCAGAUGAAGGGAUGGGAACAGGGGCGAACUGGACCUUGGAAGUUGCAAUGCGGUCGAUUGAUCGGGCCUAUGGCAUUUUGCAGGCCAAAAACGCCCCGUUUCCAGCCGAGUGCUGGAUUCAGGGGGACAACGCGGUUAAGGAAGUCAGAAACAGCUAUACUGGACGUUGGGCUUCUUUGAUGUGCCAAGCAGGCUUUUUCAUGGGUGUGUCCCACCAUCAUUUGAUGGUGGGACACACCCAUGAAGACAUAGAUGGAGUGUUUUCCAUUGUCACCUCGGCCUUGAAUGCCAUGAUGGACUUGCAGACCCCACGAGAUGUGCAAAGGACUCUGGUCAACCGGAUGCGACCCUUGUUUGCCCGGUCCAACUUGGUCUUUGACUGCGAGAUCGUGGACACAAUCCGGGAUUGGUGUACUUUGAUGCCAGCUGGGGCUACUUUGAAGAACUGCUACAGGGCUCGCAAAGGCGAUGGUGAAGGGAAUGACAGUUACGCUGUGCCCCAAAGCUUCACCUUCAUGGUCCGGGAAGGAAUGCCAGGGGGUGGUGUUGGAAUCGAGAUGGAUGACAAUGUUCCGCGUAGGCUGCGCUCAGAGGGGCGUAGCAAAGAUGUGUUUGCUAUGGUGAAAGCUGCAAUGUCAGACCAAGUCUUGUCACAGCCACCUAUCCUGGUUUAUCCACACAGCUACCUUCCUGCGACACAGUCCUUCGUGAACCGCAUCAAUAGCACCACCUUGACGAUGAAUGCAUCGCUAGAUGAAUCCCGCUCCGAAGAGCUGUCUGAUUUGGCCAACAACAUCGAGCAGGACUUCCCGCACCUGCAGCGUGGAGCCAACUACCUGAGGUCGUUGGUAAAUUCUGAGAGGGCACGACAGCCUUUCCCUGUUUUGAAUUUCAUUGAAGCAGGGCCAUCAGCCUCUAGCAAUUUGCAUGAGUUCCGAUUGGGCAACCGUGUCCUGCCCCCCAAGCCAUACAAGCUUCAGGUUGUCUACCGGCAUGCGCUGGCCAAUUAA